AUGGCCACGACAGCGUCAGCGCGCGCGCACCGGCAGCACGGCGGGAAGCAGCAGCAGUACCAGCUCCUGCGGCGCUUGGAGGGGCUGAGCCUGGGGUCCGCGCUCCACAGCGACCCGCACGCCCCCGCGCUGACCGCGGCAGCGCUCCUCAUCCCGCUCGGCGCCGUGCUGUUGGGCCUCUCCGGCCUCUUCCUGCUGGCCACGCUCGCCGGCGUUGCGCUCGCGGCGCCUCUCGUUCUUCUCUUCGGUCCGGUGCUCGUGCCCGCCGCGCUGACCGUCGCGGGGCUCGGCGCCCCGGCCUUCUUCGGACACAGAGUUGGGGACGACGUCGGGGAUGCUCUGGGCACCACCAAAACGCGGAACGUCGCCAUCACCUAGUGUUGCACGGGUGAACGUACGUACGCGUCGUGCGCAUGCGUUCAAUUUAUCAAAAUCAGAUGUACGUAUGCGUGUUCAGAGCAUCUAGGCGAGAAGAGGAAGAAGAAGGCGUGGGGAAAAAUAUAAGUGAAUAUUCGGUUUUACGGUUUAAGUUUGAGGGGUAUGUUUGGCCGCACCUUAAAUCAAUUCUUAAAAUGCGUUUUUCGUGCGUUUUCAG